GACAUAUUUUAGUCGCCAUCUUGACCGCCAGAUUGAUGUUUUGGAAGAAAAAAAAAGACUAUGUUUUAAAAAAGAACAUACUCUACUGAUGUCACCUGGAAGUAGAUCCGUUGAAUGUGUGUAAAAGUACGUCCGUUAAUAUGUCCUGGUGCUGACUGACUGCGAAAUGGUUUGACCAUGACGGAGGUGUGCAAGCCGACGGCCGCCACGUCUGUGAGUUCGCUACAGAAGAGAUCUGAACACUCGUGCCGAAUCUCUGAGUCCUCCCAGUCGACCCCCAGCAUCACCAUAUACGCAUCGACCCCGCCCACUGCCGACCUUGAGACACGGUCUGAGUCGGACGAAUCUGGUCCUCUCAUCAUCAUCGAACACAUCGAGAGUCCCGCGAAACCGGCCAACAACACCACGCCCGUCAAGUGUUUGUCCGUGUAUGGCGAGUCUGAUGCUGGGUCGCCGCCCCAGGAUGGGAGGCCGCUGUUCCAGUGCGAGUCGUGCGACUACUACAGCCACAACAAACACUAUCUGAAGCAGCACGUGGAUCUCGUGCACAACGCAGACCGCCCCUACAAGUGCCCAUUCUGCGACUACGCGGGCAAGCGGAGCCACUCGCUGCGGGAACACCUCGUCGUCCACACCAACGAGCGGCCGUACGAGUGCGGCUACUGCAACGCGACCUUCAGGAAGAAGGGCCACCUGACGAACCACAUCAAGCUGCACACCAGUCAGAAGUCGAUGAUCAUGUGCAAGCUGUGUAACCAGACACUACCGGACGUGGCCGCAUUCGAGGGCCACUUGAAGACCAACCACAACACGGACAAACUGUACGCGUGCCAGCGGUGUGAGUUCGUCGCAUCGGACCACGUCAGCAUCAUGAACCACGUCGUGGUGCAUGCCGCGGAGAACUUCUACCGCUGCAGCAAGUGUAGCUUCAUCACCGCCGAUGUCGGGUCGCUGGCCUCCCACGCCGACACCCACCUUCCCAAACAAAACACCGUCCCCGUGGAGUUGCCUGUGAAAGACAUGAUGAUGAAGUGCACGGAGUGCGGCUUCUCUGCCAGUGAUACAAACACGAUGAAAAGUCACCUGCUGAAACAUUUGGCAGCGACUAAAACGCAGGUGCUGCCCCAGACACCUGUUGCCUUACCUCAGACCCCCCACGUCCUCGGUUACAGCAUCGAUCAGCCUCUCCCGCAGAACGCUUCCUACAAAUGCACGGAAUGCAACUUCACCGACAAGGAUGCCACGAUUUUCAUAAAGCAUCUUCUGACGCACAAGGUCAAACAACAGUCUGCAGCAAAGGCCCUGCAAACUGAGGAAAUCCACCAGCCUCAGGAGCCGAAGCCUAUUGUGGUCACACCCAUAGCGAAGAAAAACACCUGUCAGAAUGCAACCCCACCAUUUAUUUUCGACCAGCUGUCUGGUCGCUUCCGGUGCAUAAUCUGCGGGUACACGUGUGAGUUCCAGAGGACAAUUAAGGCACACAUCUGGAAACACACGGGACACAAAAACAUCAAUUAUCCCAUGUUUCAGAAUGGACCGUUGAGUAUUUACGAUGACCAGACUCCCAUAAAGAUUGAGAAAGGGGUCGGUCAGGUUCCAGCACACGGAACUAUUCUCUCCAUCAAGCAUCCCGACGAACUUACAGACAAUCUUAGUAAACGUUCUGAGGUUGUGGAAUCUCAUGGUAAAAACUCAUCAUCAUCAUCAUCUCAUAGUAGUCUCGUUCAGAGGUUGCUGAGUGGUCACCUGGUUUCUGAUCGUUUAGUUGUUAAACCAGCAGUGACCUCCAGUUCUCCCUCUGUUAGAUCUGAUCCUGAUGUUGUAACAGAAGGUGGUAAAACGACAGCUGUCAAAGAAUCUCCCUCAAAGCUUACACGUGAGGACAAAGUAGAUGGGCAAACGGAAGCUGAAUCUCUCCAUCCUGCUAAAGAAGCGACUGUGAUUCAGUCGGUCGUAAAGAAAGAAAGUGAAGAAAUUAAAGCAAAACCGGACUCCACCAGUGUCACCUCAUCCAGCUCCUCUGUUGUGUCACCAGUGGCAGUUGCAGGUUCUGAUGGGCAUGCAGAUUUACAAAGCAAACAAACAACAACUUACUUCACUAUCUCAUCUGAAAUACCUCAAUCGGCAAGUGAAAGUCAGUCUUCCUUAAAAGAAAUGACUGUUGUUUCAGAAGCAGAAACUUCUAAAGCGAUUCAUGGAAUCACUAAUCAACACGAGCAGUGGGAUGAGUCGACAAACCUAGGGAUUAGUGUCGUCGUGGAGACUGUAGACACUGCUCCUCCAUCAUCCGUGUUCACCAGUAUGAAGAGUCAGCAGAACAGUCCUAGGAUUUCCGAUCUGCAGCAGGCAUCGGAUGCUGAAUGUGCUGAAACUGGUCAGUGUGAUGACAAAUAUCCAAAGGAAAUCCAGCCGGAGAAUGAGAGUUCACAGCAGAGUUCUUCAGCUAAAGAAGAUUCAGUGCUGAAGCAGACUCUACUAGCUGCAGAUCUGUCGAAGGACAAUGAGUCAGCAAUAACCCUUCUGUCACUGUUGAAGAAAGGUCCGAACAGAAAUCCGGCUCAUGUUGAUUCUCACCUGCGGUUGUCUGACCAAACUGGAGGAAACCUGAGUCCUGACGGAGAGAGCAGAUCUGACUCGGACACUGACCAGGCAUCAGAAGGUGGUGAUGACUCCUUGUCCUCAGCCAGACCAAAGUCUGGCAUCUGUUCUUCAUUACUCGCCGUCAUAGAGCAACUCAGGGAGCGGGCCAACUCAGAAGGUGAGAGUGUCAUUUCACAGGGUGGAAGAGCAAGCAUUUCGGUUAUAAAGAAAGAGUGUCUCACAGAAGACGACCUGCCUCCAGAAAAUAUGGAGAACAUUGAGCAACUGCAGGAGGACGGAGAGAUCAAAUACCGAUGCAAGUUCUGUCAUUACAGCAAUCCACGAGCGUUGCUAAUCAAACUGCACAUGCGGCUGCACAAAUCCAAGCAGCCGUUUGAGUGUUCUUUGUGCAGCUACAUAGCCAAGUCGAGCGAAAGUCUGCAGGACCACAUGAUAAAGCACUGCAAGGUGCGCACCUACCAGUGCAAGCUGUGUCCGUCUGCCUUCAACUACAAGAGUCAGCUGCGGGCCCACAUGAGGGCUCACAGCGACAAGGACCCGUUCUGCUGUGAGUCGUGUGACUUCGAGACAAUGGACGCCACGACGUACAGGACUCACGUCCGCUACCACAUAGACAAGAGCUGCUUCAGGUGCGACUCGUGCAAGGACAUCUUCCCGACGCUGUCCGAUCUGAACCUGCACAUCCUGGAGCUGUCGUGUAAAAACAUGCUCAACUGCGAGGAGUGCAGCUUUGUUGCCGACGACAACCUGGGUCUGAUCAACCACAUCCGCGAGACACACCGGGACUUCCGCUGCCUCGAGUGUACCUUCUCCUGCACCACGCGGCUGGCCCUCACCCACCAUGCGACCUCCCACCACCACAGCGUGGCCAGCGACGACUCGGGUCUGCUCAAGUGUGACCUCUGCGACUUCACAGCCGUGUCCAGUCGGAGUCUGAAGUCGCACAUGAAGCGGCACAUCAAUGACCAGCGCUAUGUACAGCAGCCGCUGGAGCAGUACAAGUGCAACCUCUGCGGCUACGUCUGUCACCACCUGCCCUCUCUCAAGUCGCACAUGUGGCGGCACGCCAGCGAUCGCAACUACAGCUACGAGUUCACCAACGACGUCAUCAAUGCUGCCAUCGAUUACGACUGCCGCAUCGACAGCUCGAAGAUAGACGACCCCGACCUGAUGGAGAAGAUCCUCAGUUCAGAACGGCAGAUCCUGGAGGGGCGUCUGAGCCGGUCGGUGUGUGGGGGUGCGUCCGCCAUAUGCUGGGUGACCUUCCGGUGCUGCCAGUGUGGCUUCGAGACCAUCAACAAGGCAGACCUGAACGUCCACAUGAAGUCUCACUCGGACAUAAUCCAGCGAACACUAGACGUCGGAGGUCAGCCUCGUAGGGCCUUCAAGAGAGUCGGGGAAGAUGGUGGGCAGACUGCCGCUGAACCAGCUAAAGCUUCAAAGGUUGAGGACAGUGGAUGAACUGGUCCAACCACCGUCUGUUUUACUGCUUCACUACAUCUCGGUUCGAUUCAGUUUUUACAAAGUUUCUGGCAGAAUAUUAUGCCAAGUCUUGUGUUAAUGGUUUAAUUAUAAUUUUUUUCAAGAUCUGAGUGUUACAUAUAUAUAUCAUAAUGAAUCAGCAGUGUUUGUUUGUUUUAUUUUUAAUUAAUACCAGAACAAUGGUCACAGCUUGACAAUAUACGAGUUGCCUUCAGACAUACUGUCUUUUUAAUACAGAAUAUCAAAAAUGUGGUCCAAGACCAGAAAAUAUUUUUCGUAAAAAAGAAAUUGUGGCUAUAUUACUAUUAUUAUACAAUGUAUAUUAAUAAUAACAUUGUAGAGAUAUGUGUGUUAAUAUGUAUAUGUUUGUACAUAGCUGAAUAUAUUGCCUCUCAGUAUUGUUCGGGUUAAACUAUUAGCUUUAUAUUGUGUGAAAUAUAUAAAAACUGUUUAAUUAUCUUUUUUUUAAAACUACUUUGUUCGAUUUAAAUGUAUUGUAUAAUUGUGUUGCCAAAAACCCAGUGACCCAUUCUAUUCUUUAUCGUCAUCACUUUCAAAUUUCUGAGAAACUUAGGUAAAUAAUUUCAGACAUUUUUACUAAAGAGUUCUUACAAACAGCAGUCUGAUUAAAAUUAGCUCUACUGGGUCUACCAGUAGAUCUAACAGCAUUGCAUGGACUCCCAUGUCCAGAUGACAUUUCAUCUAUAAAUAACAAUUUAAAUAUCGACCAA